AUGUCUGUGGAGCAAUCCCCAUUCCCACCGGGAUUCCGGAUCUCCACCUCACGCCUCCGAAUUACUCCAUUCGACCCCACAAACCAAAUUCACUGCGAAUUUCUCGUCCAACUAUGGAAUACAGACGAUUUCAUCAAUUCAAAUGGUCGCACAGGCAUUGACACCCCCGAGAAGGCAUCAUCCUUUAUUCAAAAUCGCGUGAUCCCGUCCUAUGCCCGCAAUCGACACGGCAUGUUCCUCGUAUCGCUACACGACGGCCGACAUAUUGGUAUGGUUUCCUUGAUGAAAGGCUCGCCGCCUGAUGCGUAUUACACUGCCCCAGAUGUUGGGUAUACGAUCCUACCCGAGGAGAGUGGGAAGGGAUAUGCGACCGAGGCGGGAAAAGGUAUCCUAGAGUAUGCGCAGAAGGAUCUUGGCAUUGAGAGUGCAUUUGGAUUUUGUGCUGCUGAGGAUAUGCGGAGCCGGAGGGUUUUGGAGAAAAUUGGAUUGGUGUUUAGGGGAGUUGGGGAUUUGGUUGUGUUUGCGGGGAAAAGGAGUGCUGUUUAUGCUUUGCCUUCUAUGGGAGACUUGGAGGUUUAUGACCUGACAGAGAAGCUUGAGGUAUAG